AUGAUGCAAAACUCGGAAGAACAGGAAAGAUCUUUCGAAUGUCGUACCUGCGAUCGGUCUUUCGCGCGCCUCGAGCAUUUGCAAAGGCACCUCCGAACCCAUACCAAAGAACGGCCAUAUUCCUGCUUUUGCGGACGGACGUUUACCAGGCAAGAUCUGCUCAAGCGACAUGGUCGUCGUGCUCAUGAAACUUGUGCGGAAGUCUCUGGAAGGGCUACACCAGUCGCUAAUGAUAUUUCGCACAAUGUCGCCUCGAACAGUUCUACCACAGCUCGUCCCUCCGCGUUAGAUAUCCAGACAUCUGCGAGAUCAAAUACCCAUCAAGACGAGCAUCAGAUCGCUCGAUACAGCGAUGUCUCUGAGAUCUUGCAUCCCGAUUUCUCGAACACGGGUACACUUGAUGCGAUACCCAAUGGUGACAAUCAGUCAGGAAACCAUCUUGUAGCUGAUGCAGAUCAUCUGACUUCUAUGGACAACUAUCUCGGCCUCUUCAAUACCGGUGACCUGAAUCUAGAUUGGAAUGACAUGGAUCUUGCACAGACAGAAGCACAGGAUCCGAUGGGGAUACAAGCGGACCCGGGCACUCUUCUAUUUGACAUACCUGUAGACCUUAGUGCGGAGUUCCAGGACUCUGGAGUCAGCAGUGGUUGCGACACGACGCACUCUACAUCAGACAUAUCCGAGGUGCAGGCACGAAACCAUGAACAGCUACAACUUGCUAUUCACCAGCAUCUCCCAUAUUUUCUGAUGCCUUCUCAACAAUCAAUUAUGCGCUAUCUUGAUGGCUACGUCGAAGACUUCAACCAAGAUCUUCCUUUCAUUCACUUACCUACUUUGGCACUGGAGGAUUGCAGUCCGGAGACGAUGUUAGCUAUGGCUGCAAUUGGUGCGUACCAGCGUUUCGAACGUUCUAAAUCCCAUGAGCUGUUCCAUGCAUCCAAGACUAUCGCUCUCAGCAACUUACGCGCUUGGCAAAAGAUCAAUGAGCAAGGAACACAAAGAUCAAGACCAGAUGGCCUCGAAAUGCGAACUAUGGACGAUGUUUUUGACCUACAGCGGCAUACUGCCAUGGAAAGCUUGAGAGCAUUGUUACUGCUCGGCUUCUACGGGAUGUGGGGAGAAAUCACUGCCAUAACCAAGGAAAUUCUUGGCUUUCAACCCCUUAUGAUCGAAGUCGCAAGGCACUACGGGCUGACUGAGCAUUCAGAACCUCAUGGGCCUACUACGACUUGGAUCGACUGGGUACACGAGGAGCAAGACAGACGAACCAAGCUCGCCCUAUUUUGCUUUUUUAAUCUGCAGACAGUCAUGCACAAUGUACCCUCGCCAACUCUGUGCAGUGAAUGGCAAUUGUGCAUGCCGUGUUCUACAGAGCAAUGGGAAGCACAAAGCGAGACCGAGUGGUUGGCUGUAAGAAUGCAGCAGACUCAGCCAAUGGCAUUCCAAGACAGCUUCCGCGCAUUGCUUUCCGCAGUCGAAACCCCCAAGAUAAUCUCCUCGCCCAACACCUCUGAGUUUGGCUGCACCAUCCUGGCAUUGGCGUUGCUACAACGAACCUACUAUCUACGUCAAUUACACACUGCGACCGGGGAUACCAUGGGACAGGAGGCUAUAGCAGAACUGCAGCGCGCAAUACAGUCUCUGGAGUCGACUUAUACAUCUUCCCUGGGCUCAGUGUCCAAACUUCGCGAUGCAAAAUUACACUACUCGAACAUCAUGGCAUACCAGGAUCUGGCAUCUGUACGGCUCCAUGCGGAUCUCGGUAUACAUGGCCUGCUACAGUCUCGCGCUCCCCAAGAAAUCGCAAGAUCUUUGCGCGUUGCUUCGGACAAGACACACGGCUCAGUGUAUUCACUACUGCCACUUCAGCGCUCUAUCCAUCAGCUCAAAGUAGCGGUCAAUAUCGGGAUUGCGUAUGUGUCUCAUGUUUCCGAGCAUUUUUCAAGCGUACCUCAAGCACUGUCGGUUCUAGAAUGCGGUGUUUUCUUGAGUAGAUGGCUCUUUUCCAUCGCUGCCAAGGGCUGCGAUUCUUCUCCGCCACUUGAAGAGUUGCAGGCCAUUCAUUGUCUUCAAUCAAUGAUGAAGGAAAUCGCUGUAUCAGUACCGGAGAUUGUGAUGCCUUCGACAUCCACUGCAACCUGCUUUGAGCUCGGCAUCAUGGUGUUGAGGACAUGGGCUCACGUGCUUACUGCAAAGAUCCGAUGGCCUUUGGUCGCUAUUCUUGGGAAGUCAUUGAAUCUUUAUGCUGACAUGAUGUAUGCUGCAAACUCAAAAUCAAAGCCGGUGCAUCUACAACAGGCAAGAUAAAAAUGCACAAGUGGCCGAUUUCAAAUCGGCGAAAUAAUGGCAAUUCAGUCAUUUCAAGUGCUCUUGAAACUCUCUGGCGGAGUGCGCGACUCCCAAGUGUAAGGAGUGGAGAAAGUUGGAGAGGGAGAAAAGUUGGAGAAAUCACAAGCACCUUGUCCCGAUUCGGGGGUGGAGAAACGGCGAACUGACGACACAACAACACUCUUUGGAGGAAGUGAUUAUUCACACAGCAAGAAUUACCAAUCCGAAACCUCUUGGAGCCAUGCGCAGCGUUCCGGAAACGAUGU